UAUAAUAAAAUUAAAUGAUAGAAAAAUUGAUAAAAUUCCUAAAGGACUCAAAUUGUAUUAUCUAAUUACAUGACAAGAAAACAUUAAUAUGUGAUAAUUUUCAACAUUAACAAAUUUGUCUUUUAAAAUUAAAUAAUGUCGCUCGAACAAACUGCUUGUGACGUCAUAAUUACAGAUUUGAAAGCUUUUGAGCGUCGUUUAACUGAAGUGAUAGCAUGUCUCCAACCAGCUACAAUGAGAUGGAGAAUUCUACUGACAAUUGUGUCAGUUUGUACAGCAAUAGCAGCAUACCAUUGGUUGAUGGAUCCUCUGACACCUGUAGUCUCGCUCACACAGUCUUUGUGGAAUCAUCCCUUUUUUGCUGUGACCUCUACAUUAUUGGUUUUGCUAUUCAUGAUUGGAGUACAUAGAAAGGUAGUGGCUCCUAGCAUCAUCACAGCGCGCACUCGCUCCAUACUUAAUGACUUCAACAUGUCUUGUGACGAUACUGGCAAACUUAUUCUGAAGCCGAGACCAGCAAAUAGCUCAUUAUUUUAAAUAUUAUCUAACUUUGUACAUAUCUUUAAAUAUUAAU